AUGUUGGGCGUUCCAGCAAACCGGAUUUUGGUCCGAGUGAAGAGAAUGGGAGGAGGCUUUGGAGGGAAGGAGACCCGGAGCACUUUAGUGUCCACGGCGGUGGCCCUGGCUGCACACAAGACUGGCCGCCCUGUACGCUGCAUGCUGGACCGUGAUGAGGACAUGCUGAUAACUGGUGGCAGACAUCCCUUCCUGGCCAGAUACAAGGUUGGCUUCAUGAAGACUGGGAACAUUGUAGCUCUGGAGGUCAAUCACUUCAGCAAUGCAGGGAACACCCAGGAUCUGUCUCAGAGU